UAAAAAGUGAAAAAGUUUUUAAUUUAAUUCAUCCUAAAGUAAAUUAUAUAGAUUUUAGCAUAAGUGUUGAUAACAAUUAGUGUAUGUGCCGUUGUAUAUUAUUAAAUAAUGGAUGAAAAACAGCCUUUGCUGAAAAAUGAAAAUCAAGUUGAUGUCGAAAAUGCAGGUGGAGCAUUGCAACAACAGAAUACGACAAUAAGCUCGUCAAUAGGACCUGAUGAACUUCCACCACCGUACACAUCAAAUGAGGAGCGAGGAUUGCCUAUGGUGACAUGCCGAGUAUGUUCGGCUAUGAUUGAUAUCUCGUGGAAACGAGAACAGCAUGUGGUUAAGUGUAAUCAAUGUAAUGAAGCUACGCCAAUACGAAAUGCACCGCCGGGUAAAAAAUAUGUGAGGUGCCCAUGCAAUUGCUUACUAAUAUGCAAAAGCUCAUCCCAACGUGUUGCUUGUCCACGACCAAAUUGCAAGCGAAUCAUCAACUUAGCUCCAUCUCCUGUAACUCCACCAGUUCCUACAAUGCCGGGAAUGUGUAGGGUCACGUGUGGUCAUUGUCAUGACACAUUUCUUUUCAAUACAUUAACGAAUGCUUUGGCAAGAUGUCCACAUUGUCGAAAAGUGUCAUCCGUUGGAGUUGAAUUUGCCAAGAAUCGUAGUAAUGUAUAUCUCGCACUUGGAAUUCUAUUUCUAGCACUUGCCAUUGCUAUGCUUUGGGUGACAUAUUCAUAUGCUGGCGAGCACGGCGGAAUAUGGGUUGCGUAUUUUGCCAUGUUUUUAGUCGCUAUUCUACUAUUCGCCCGAACAUAUUACUAUCGUCGGAUGAAAGUGAGUGUCAUUGAAGGGCCAAUCUAAGAGAAUCGUAACGUAAAGAUUGUGGAGAAUAAAAGGAAGAAAAAAAAACUAUUGAGUCUCUCAAAUCAUAUUAGAUUGCACGUU